AUGAAGAGUAAGAGACGAGAACAAGUUGUUGGUGACUUCUGUUCAGUUGCAGUCCUGGAGAAGAACACAUGGCUGUACAAGUCUGUUGUGUUGAGCUCUUGGUGGAUAUCAAGAUUUGUAACUGCGGAUGCGCAUGCAGACUGCACAGGCUCAGAAUGUGUCGGCCGAGAAGUGAGCAGUGAGUGUGCAGAGGCUGUGCGCAGGCUGGCGUGGGCGACGGCGGUGUGCGGCAGUGCGCUGCUGGCGGUCCUGGUGGGGGCGGAGGCGUGGCGGGGCUACGCGCGGGCGCCGGCCGCCAUGCAGGUGGAGAGCACGCACUGGCCGCUGCGCGCGCUGCCCUUCCCCGCCGUCACCGUCUGCCCCGGCCGGCGCGUCGUCACCCGCGUCGCGCUGCCGCUGCUCGCCAGGGAGUUAGGAGAGGACCCCGAAUCGUUGAACGGGAGCCUACAGGAGUCGCUUCUGCACGUGCUGAGCGCGUUGUCGCUGUUCCGGGCUCCCAGCUACGAGGGCGUCGCCAGGGACCUGCUGGCGGCCGGGGACCCGCUGCUGCGCCGCCUGGCCAAGCUCAACGUCACCAGCUUCAUGCUGCAGGUGCUGCCCCGCUGCGAGACGGUGUUCCACAAGUGCUUCUUCCAGGGCGCUCCCCUCAACUGCUGCCAAGAGAUGUCGCUGCAGCGAGCGCCCGUCGGCUUCUGCUACUCCUUCAACUCGCUCACGUCUGAGACUAGGAGACACUGGUCUGUGACGGUGCACAGCCCGCGGGACGCGCCCGGCCCCGGCCUGGUGGCGCCGCAGUGGCCGGCGGGCGGCGAGCGCUCCGUCACGGCGCUCUCGGUGGACGCGGCGUUCGUCACGAGCGAGGCCGAGCUGCGCCGCCUGCCGCUGCCCAAGCGCCUCUGCCUCUUCCCGGACGAGCGGCCGCUGCUCUUCUCGCGCUUCUACACGCGCGCCAACUGCAUCCACGAGUGCCUGCAAGUCGCCCACGCCAAGAAGUGCGGCUGCUUGCCCUACAUCUCCCGCGUCCCCUCAGGAGUGUAUAUGAGAUUGGAUCCCACGGGGAACUGUUGUGUUCAGCGACUGUACAAAGAUUUAGUACACAAGUUGCUGUAUGCACAACCAUUCUCUGAAGUAAAAGCGGUGACGUCGGGAAACAAAGCGUUAGAGAGGUGGUUGGCGGCAGGGGAGACGCGGCCCCCGGAGGCGAUGCCCCCGCGCUGCGGCCGCUGCCUGCCCGACUGCCAGGAGGCGGUGUACAGCGCGCGGCCGGCCGUCGCCAGGGACAGCAACCCGGCCGGCGCCACCGCCGCCGCCUACGUCGACGUCCACUUCUCGCAGCCCUACACCAUCAAGUAUCGCCGCGUGCUCACCUUCGACACGCGUCAGCUGCUCGUGUCGCUGGGCGGCAUCGCGAGCCUCUUCCUGGGCGUCAGCCUGGUGAGCGCCGCCGAGCUCCUCUACUGGGCGGCCCGCAUCGCCGCCGCCACAGCCGCCGCUGUCCGCCGUCGCUGGCCUGGAGCCUCACCUGCUCCACCAUCUGCCGACACUCCCUGUCAUUCUAGUGAUAAUUUGCCAAGUGUUUUAGAUCAUAAAAACUCGGGCCCUGCAGCUCCUGGUGCAUCUUCAUACAUGUAA